CCUCACUUUUCCAAAUGGCAACUCUCCUGAGAGCUCCAUUCACAGCACCGCCACCACAAAGCCUCACCGCUAUCUGCACGCAAUCCCCUAAAGCCUUUCACCUCUCUCUCACUCGCAGAUGCGCUCUUAAUCCUUCUCGCUUGACCUCUUCUCUCCGCUUCUCCCCCAUAUUGCACAUCCGCUUCCUGCGGUUCGAUCCCUUCGCUUCUAACGGCGAAGCCACCGAGACUCAAGAGGUUCAAGACUCGGAGAUCGAGGAAAAUUCAGAUGGCUACAUUGGCGGUGCAGAAGAUGCCACAAGCGAUUCAGAUGCUCCAGAUUCAGAUGCUCCCGAUGCAGAGGAAGAACCUGCUUCAGGCAUUAUAGUGGCUCUACGAUCAUACAAAGAAGCUUUAGUGAGCAAUGAUGAAUCCAAAGCAGCUGAGAUAGAAGCUUUUAUUAAGUCCAUUGAAGAUGAGAAAAUUGAUCUUGAAAAAAAGGUGGGAGCCUUGUCUGAGGAGCUCUCAUCAGAUAAGGAACGGAUUCUCAGAAUUAGUGCGGACUUUGACAAUUUCCGGAAGAGGACAGAUAGAGAGCGACUUUCACUUGUAACAAAUGCACAAGGGGAAGUCUUGGAGAAUCUGUUGCCUGUUUUGGAUAACUUUGAGAGAGCUAAAGCCCAAAUUAAGGUGGAGACUGAAGGAGAGGAGAAGAUCAAUAACAGCUAUCAGAGUAUAUACAAGCAGUUUGUAGAGAUUCUAGGCUCACUUGGCGUUACUCCUGUGGAGACAAUCGGGAACCCCUUCGAUCCAUUGUUCCAUGAAGCAAUUAUGCGGGAGGAUUCCACAGAGUUUGAAGAAGAUGUGAUAAUUCAGGAGUUCCGCAAGGGGUUCAAGCUUGGGGACAGACUCUUGCGCCCAUCAAUGGUGAAAGUAUCAGCAGGUCCAGGGCCUGCCAAAGUCGAAGCAGUUGGGUCAUCAGAAGAAGAAGCAGUAAGGGUGACUGAAACCGAAACCAGUGUGGAGGGCACCCCAGAAGGAGAGUCUGGUUGAAGAUUAAACCCUCAAUUCUAGAUUGAAGUUUUGUAAAAGCAGCAGGUAUCUUACUACUACAAUUCAGGAGUCAUUUGGGUGUUUUGGCCCUAUGGGAUGAAAAUAUGAACUAUUUAUUUGUCUUGGUUGAUGGUGUGGAGGAAUGGAAGAAAUGAGUUGUACUUGCCAGCAUGGGUGCUUUGGGAAAAAUGGGAGGAACAUUAGUUGGACAUUUGCAUUGUCUAGGUGCCGGUUGCUUAAGAAACACCUAAGUCCGGGACAUUGGAUUCAGAAAAAAUUAUAUUGGAAGGUGGUUUUAGACAUA